AUGGCCUUGCCGGCAGGACUAGGGAGGACCAAUCUUCGGCUUGGAGUCACCAUGCUGAAGCUAGCUCUGGUACUCUCCAUAAGCACUAGCUGGAUCAGUCCGGUCCUUGCCAGUUUCAUCCUGUUCAAACCGGACACCGAGUACGUCUACACCUUCUAUUCCUCUACGGAAUUGAAGAAGGUUCGCACGCUGCAGGCCGAGUCUAAGAUUGGCUUCGUAUUGGUGAAAAGUUCCAACAGUAGCAGCGGGCUUCAGGAGAUUUACCUCCGGGUUCACUCGGCGGCCGUAACCAGCCAGGAGGAACGAGUUCAUUUAAGCGAGGAGAGAGAUUUUACUGACUGGUUUUCCUUUGACAUCAGCGAGAAUGGAGCGAUUGGCCAGGUGUACUUCCCACGUGACCAGGAUGAUCACGUGAUAGGUGUUAAGAAAGGUCUGGUCAGCCUGUUAGCAGCUAACCUGCAACAUCCCCCACAAGACAAGGUAAAUUAG